AUGGAUGUCGAAGAUCUGCGCCGCAUCGGCUUGUUAAAGCAUUGGGAGGCACUGGACCAUAUUGCCUCAGCACCGCUGUCGGCAGAGGAUGUGGAGGAUGUGCUGGAAGCGAACGAUGAUGUGACGCGCUCACGCUGGAGCCCCGAAGGGCUGGCAGAGCAGCUCCGCCUGCUGCCCGUAGCGGGCCUCUUUCCAGAUCUCUGCGCAGAGGUGGUCGAGAUUUUGGGGCGUUGGUACCAGCGCUUUAACCUGAAAACCUGGAGCCGCAUCGUCAAGGUUUGCAAGGGUUCCGCCCACCAGGUGCCAUGUGUGCUCAAAGAGUUGAACGAAAGCGCUCCUGUCAUUCAGAAAGUGCGGAGAUGGGUCGAUUCCCUGCCAGCCACGGCCCCGAAGGCCUGUAUCGUUGACUUGGGUGCAGGCUUCGGAUUCCUGUCGAUGCUCUUGGCCGAGCUGCUGCCUCCAGAGCGCGUGGCGAAGUUCUUCCUCCUUGACAUGACAUACCCCAACUUGGGAGUAGGAAACUCCAGCGGCUCCACCUCCAUCGAACACCUUAAGGGGGGCUGGAAGAUCCCCAUGUACACUCUGAAGGUGGACCUCAAAAAGAAGACGACCCUCAACCAGCUUGCUGCCCGCGUCUUUCGCGCACCCGUCUCGGAGGAGGAUCCUCGAUGGGCGCCAGUGUAUGCAUGCGGCAUCCACCUGUGCAAUACACUGGGAAUUCGUGCUGCGCAGCUCUUCAACGAGAACGUCGAUGUCCGUGGUUUUGCUUUCGUCCCAUGCUGCUUUCCGACGUCGCACCACCUCACGCAGGACGUCAUUUACCAGCUGGGCGAACAUCAGUUUGCAGCGAGAGACUUCCUGGAUGCAAAAAAGAUGCCCUCGAACAACGACCGCUUUUCUCGCUGGGCAGAGCACAUCCUGGAGGGUAUCGAUCCCGGACCCAGUGGUUUCAAAGGCCUAGAACGGCACCGGCUUGUCCGGCCACGUCGGGGCAUGUUCGCACAGGACAUUUACAUCUUCGCAGAGCGGCCGCUCGAGACCUUGCCCGGGUCGGCGAGGCCCUUGCCCGCCUUGCCCCGCUCGCUGCCUGGGAUGGCCGACGAGCCCAGAGAGCAGCGGGGCAAGGCCGUGGUGAUUUGGGCCAAGUAUGGACACGGCAAAGCCCGAAAGCGCGAAGCCAGCGAAGCCGAAAAGCUGCAGCGUCAAUCUUUGUCGGUUUUGAGGCUUCCUACCAAGACAUGGCAGCGCCUGGCGCCGGGCGUCAAGAACCGGGCCAACGUCCCGAUGGCCGGCUCCAGAUGCACGUGGAGGUCCAUGCUCUCCGCGCGCUGGGCUCCAGUUCUGCUCCUGGUGUCCCGCGGACGUAACGCAGGUACGGACAUUUCAGUGCCAGUGAUUCCAAGGUUUUCGGCAUCUCAGAUGUGCCGGCACCUCAUCGGUGUUUUUCACAGGCAUACAGACUGGGAGGAGAACUUCGACCACUUGGCGGCUUUGCCAGUGGGGCCGUUCAAGCACGACGCGCUGCUGGUGGCCGGCGAUGACCUUGGCGUCUUGAAGAGAACCAUGAGGAAUUCGACUCGGAGCUGGCGCCUCGAGCCCAUUCCCAUCCGCAUAGUUUUCCGAUUCGGUCCGCCAAGGCCGGAUGUCCCGGUGUGGUCCAAGGCUGCGGCGCGGAGACACAGCCGAAUAGCGUCGGCCUGGCUCGCUUUUGACAGGCCAAGAGCAGCCUAUUGCCAGCCGCAGAGCAGAGGAGAGAGCGGAGCUAUACACGGUGCGAACGCGGGCGACUACGGUAGGCUGCUUGGGGACGAGAUCGAGUGCCGCUGGCCGAGCCGACUCGGCGAGACGCCGGCCUCCGCCUCGGCGAAAACGGGAAGCUGCGCUCGCUCCGGCGCUUUGGCAUGCGCUCGCGGCUCGUCGCAGGCGGAGCGCAACCGAAGCUUGGCCCAGUGCUUUGAUGCUUGGGCCUUGGACGAGUCCUGA